UCAUCAGAGGAAAAAAAAAGGGGGGGAUUCAAUCGAACCGAGAGGAAUCGGAAGGGCCAGGGCGAGGGAGAGACUUGUAGGGAUAGGAAACGGCAGCCGAACAAACCCGGUACUCGUUGCGAACUUCCGAGGAUCAAGGGAUUACCGAGAGAAUAAUAGAUGUCAUUCAGCUGCUGACGUGUAUUCUCAUCGAUUCGUGAUUCCGAGGAACGUCGAAACGUCGUCUUGAGCCAGGACAGUGAUCCAACAUGGAUGAGAUAGUCAUAGCAGGGAUAUCCGGUCGUCUGCCUGAGUCAGACAACCUGGAGGAAUUCUGGGACAACCUCUUCAAUGGCGUCGAUAUGGUGACAGAGGAUGACAGGCGGUGGAAGCCAGGUUUGUAUGGACUGCCCAAGAGGAACGGCAAGCUUAAGGACAUCAGCCACUUUGAUGCAGCAUUCUUUGGGGUGCACCCCAAACAGGCCCACACCAUGGACCCCCAGCUCCGGCUCAUGCUGGAGAUCUCCUAUGAGGCCAUUGUAGAUGGAGGCCUGAACCCUGUGGCACUCCGUGGCAGUAAAACGGGGGUCUACAUUGGUGUGAGUGGCUCCGAGGCUGGCGAGGCAUUCAGCAGAGACCCUGAGGAGUUACUAGGGUACAGCAUGACGGGAUGCCAGCGAGCCAUGUUUGCUAACCGACUCUCAUAUUUCUUUGACUUUAACGGUCCUAGCACAGCCAUUGACACAGCCUGCUCCUCCAGCCUAUUGGCUCUGGAGAAUGCUUUCCAUGCCAUUCGCCACGGCCACUGUGAUGCGGCGCUGGUGGGAGGAGUCAACCUUCUGCUCAAGCCAAACACCUCCGUGCAGUUCAUGAAACUGGGCAUGCUCAGCCCAGAAGGCACCUGCAAGUCCUUUGACUCCUCAGGAAAUGGUUACUGUCGUUCUGAGGCUGCGGUAGCCGUGCUGCUGACUAAGCGUUCAUUGGCUAAGAGGGUCUACGCUACAGUGCUGAAUGCCGGCAACAACACAGAUGGAUAUAAAGAGCAGGGUGUGACAUUCCCAUCAGGUGAGAUGCAGCAGAGGCUGGUGCGUGCUCUCUACCAGGAAGCCAACAUCUCAACUGAGCAGGUGGAAUACAUUGAAGCCCACGGUACUGGAACUAAGGUCGGUGACCCACAGGAAGUCAAUGGCAUUGUCAGUGUGUUCUGUCAGUCGAAGCGGGAGCCACUGCUCAUUGGCUCCACCAAGUCCAACAUGGGUCACCCUGAGCCCGCCUCUGGUCUGGCUGCUCUCGCCAAGGUGGUGCUUUCUCUGGAACGAGGUGUGUGGGCUCCCAACCUGCAUUUCAAGAGCCCCAACCUGGAUAUCCCCGCCUUGACCGAUGGGCGUGUUCGUGUUGUUGACCGUCCCAUCCCAGUACACGGAGGCAUCGUAGGCAUUAACUCCUUCGGUUUUGGGGGAUCCAAUGUUCACGUGAUCCUUCGCCCUGCUGGUGAAUACGCGCAGAAAUCCCCCGAGACGAAUUCCACAGCCAAGACGGUUCCCAGAGUCCUCCAAGCCUGUGGCCGCACAGAGAAUGCAGUUAAUGCUGUGCUUAACAAAGGGAAGGAACUCUCUGGAGAUGAUAACUUUCUUUCCCUUCUGAAUGAGGUUUCGGGUGUACCCGCGACUAGCAUGCCCUACAGAGGUUACACUCUGAUCGGCUCCCAGAGUGACGUCACAGAGGUGCAGCAGGUACAGCCCAAUCCUAGGCCUCUCUGGUACAUCUGCUCAGGCAUGGGUACACAGUGGGCUGGUAUGGGCCGCAGCCUGAUGCAGCUGCCUGAAUUCAGAGAGUCCAUCCUUCGUUCGGACACGGCCCUCAAGGACACAGGCCUAUGCAUAUCCCGCAUGCUCAUGGAGGCUGAUGAAACCACCUUUGAGGACACUGUCCACGCUUUCGUUGGUCUCGCUGCCAUACAGAUUGCCCAGAUUGACCUGCUGACUAAGCUGGGCCUGCAGCCUGACGGUAUUGUGGGCCACUCGGUAGGAGAGCUGGCUUGUGGUUAUGCAGAUGGCUCCCUCAGCCACAGCGAGGCUGUCCUGGCUGCUUACUGGAGAGGCCGCUGUAUCAAGGAGGCCAACCUCCCUCCUGGAGGCAUGGCUGCUGUCGGGCUGACGUGGGAGGAGUGUAAGGCCCAGUGUCCUGAGGGUGUGGUCCCAGCUUGUCAUAAUGCUGAAGACACUGUCACCAUCUCUGGCCCUAAGGACGCUGUGAGUACGUUUGUGGCCAAACUGAAAGAGAGUGGAGUGUUUGCCAAGGAAGUCCGUAGUGCUGGCGUGGCCUUUCAUUCAUACUACAUGGCCUCCAUUGCCCCGAACCUCCUGGCUGCUCUCAAAAGGGUGAUCAAGGAGCCGCGUCAGCGCUCAUCGCGGUGGAUCAGCACCAGUAUCCCCCAGGCUGACUGGGAGUCUCCCCUGGCUCUGCAGAGCUCGGCAGAAUACCAUGUCAACAACCUGGUCACCCCAGUGCUCUUUCAGGAGGGACUCAACCUGGUGCCUGACAAUGCCGUGGUGGUAGAGAUUGCACCGCAUGCUCUGCUGCAGGCAAUCCUGAAGCGUAGCUUGAAGCCCACAUGUUCCAUUCUGCCACUGAUGAAGAGAGGCCAUGCCAACAACCUAGAGUUCUUCCUCUCCCACGUUGGCAAAAUCUACAUGAAUGGCAUCAACGUGGACAGUAACAGCCUGUGUCCAUCUGUGAAAUACCCAGUGCCAACAGGCACCCCUCUGAUCUCUCCCAUCAUGCAGUGGGACCAUGCCCAGACCUGGGAUGUCCCCAAGACUGAGGACUUCCCUUCGGGCUCAGGAGGGUCCACAUCAGCAGCUGUCUAUAACAUUGACAUAAACCCGGAGUCACCAGACUACUACAUGAUUGGCCACUGCAUUGACGGGCGUGUCCUUUACCCCGCAACUGGUUACUUGGUGCUGGCCUGGCGCACCCUGAUGAGGAGCCUCGGUGUCGUCAUGGAAACGGCCCCUGUGACCUUUGAGGAUGUCACAAUCCACAGGGCCACCAUCCUGCCAAAGAUCGGCUCGGUUCAGUUAGAAGUACGUCUCAUGCCUGCCACCAACAAGUUUGAAGUUUCAGAAAAUGGCAAUUUGGCCGUCAGUGGUAAGGUGAGCAUUUUAGAGGACAAAGCCCUGGAUUCAUUCCACUCACAGAUUGGUCAGUUGCAAACUGCUAAGGAAAGUGACCCUAAAAUGAAGCUUACUACCCAUGACAUCUAUAAGGAGCUGCGUCUCCGUGGUUAUGACUAUGGGAAGACCUUUCAGGGUAUUCUGGAGUCCAAUAACGAAGGUGACAAAGGGAAGCUGCAGUGGACUGGGAACUGGGUGACCUUCCUGGACACCAUGCUGCAGAUGAUUGUGGUCGGCCUGUCAGGUCGAAGCCUGCGUCUGCCUACCAGAAUUCGCUCCGUCUGCGUAGACCCUGCUCUGCACCUGGAGAAGGUCUCGGAGUAUGCUGACGGCAAGCAAGCUGUGGAAGUCCAUGUCAACCGUUGCCUGGACAGCAUUGUGGCAGGUGGAGUUCAGAUCUGCGGUCUCCAUGCCACAGUGGCGCCACGCCGCCAGCAGCAACAGAGCCCGCCCACACUGGAGGAGUUUGUAUUUGUUCCCUACAUGGAGACAGAGUGCCUGGCAACCAAUGAAAAACUGGCUGAGCACCUCAGGCUCUGCAAAGAUUUGAUCCACAAACUUCAGUGUAAGUUAGCUCCUCACGGCGUCAAGCUCUCCAUUCCUGGUCUGCAAGAGUUUUCUGACUGCCCACUGCCCAGCCCAGAGCCAUCUGAGCCUGGCCUGGUGCGGUUGCUGGCCCUGCUCUGUGGCCUGGAGCUGAAUGGGAACCUGCACUCGGAAGUGGAGCAAACUGUAGAGAAGGAGAGGGGAUGCCUGCUUCGUGACCCCCUGCUGCAAGGCCUGCUGGACGCACCAGCCCUCAGACACUGCCUGGACACAGCCAUGGAGAACACAACCCCGGGCAAGAUUAAAGUCCUGGAGGCUUUCUCCAAUGACGGUCAGCUCUUUUCCCGCGCCGUGCCCCUCCUCAACGUCCAGCCUAUGUUGCGUCUUGACUACACCGCCACAGCAACGACCCCCAGCCUUCUCGAUGCCCACCAGGCCACCCUAGAAGAACUGGGGGUCACCUCAGCCCAGUGGGAUCCUCUGACAGGCCCUGCUCCCGGAGGAGUAGGAGGAGCAGAUCUGGUGGUGUGUAACCACGCCUGGGGCACUCUAGGAACAGAGGCCGGGGCAUUAGUGGCCAACCUUGCCUCUGGAGCUAAGGAGGGAGGAUUCCUUCUCCUCCACACCCUACUGAAGGGAGAGACCCUGGGGGAGACAGUGGCUUUCUUUUCCGCGACCUCACCAAGCAAGAACAGUCCACAGGGACUGCUUACACAGGCUGAAUGGGAGAAGAUAUUUUCUGAGGCCUCGCUGAACGUGGUGGCAGUGAGGAAGUCUUUCUAUGGCUCGGUGCUUUUCCUUUGUCGCCGUAACUUCACCAGUAAACAACAACCCAUCUUCCUUCCUGUGGAUGGCACGGAUUACCAAUGGGUCAAGACUCUCAAGGCAACACUGGCUGAGCCCUCAGACUCCCCUGUCUGGCUAACUGCCUCUCAGGGCCACUGUGGAGUUGUGGGAAUGGUCAACUGUCUACGUCAGGAGCCUGGCGGCAACAGAGUCCGUUGUGCAUUUGUAUCUAAUCUUAACAAAUCAUCGGUGGUACCAACCCUGCAGCCCACCCAUACCUCCAUGCAGUCAGUGCUCAAGGGGGAUCUGGUGAUGAACGUGUUCCGAGACGGACGCUGGGGUGUCUUCAGACAUCAGCUCAUUACCCAGGAUAUGAAUGAGGAAAUGACAGAGCAGGCCUAUGUCAACGUGUUGACUCGUGGUGACCUGUCCUCACUGCGCUGGAUCGCAUCACCGCUCCGCCAUUUUGUGGCCACCAACCCCAAUGUGCAGCUGUGUCAUGUCUACUACAGCUCACUGAACUUCAGGGACAUCAUGCUGGCCACUGGCAAACUGCCACCAGAUGCCAUUCCAGGAGACAUAGCUCUGCAGCAGUGCAUGCUGGGUAUGGAGUUCUCAGGUUGUGACCCUAGUGGUCGUCGUGUGAUGGGUCUUUUGCCUGCCAAGGGCCUGGCCACCUGUGUGGAUGCAGAUAAGCGCUUCCUCUGGGAUGUGCCCUCCGGCUGGACUCUGGAGCAGGCAGCCUCUGUGCCAGUGGUUUAUGCCACAGCCUACUACUCCCUGGUGGUGCGUGGCAGGCUUCGCCCAGGAGAGAGUGUCCUCAUCCAUUCAGGGUCCGGUGGCGUCGGCCAGGCUGCCAUUGCCAUAGCACUCAGCAAGAAAUGCAAGGUCUUCACUACAGUUGGCUCAGCAGAGAAGCGAGCCUAUCUGCAGGAGAGGUUCCCUCAGCUCACAGCGGAGUCCUUUGCCAACUCCAGAGAUGCUUCCUUCGAACAACACGUCUUGCUAUAUACACAAGGCAAAGGUGUGGACCUGGUGCUGAACUCUCUGGCUGAGGAGAAGCUGCAGGCCAGUCUUCGCUGCCUGGCCAGACAUGGACGAUUCCUUGAGAUCGGCAAAUACGACCUGUCCAACAACUCACCAUUGGGCAUGGCCUUGUUCCUGAAGAACGUGGCGUUCCAUGGCAUCCUGCUGGACGCCCUGUUUGAGGAGGGCAACCGGGAGUGGGAAGAAGUGUCCCAGCUGCUGAAGGAGGGCAUCAAGGGAGGUGUAGUCCAGCCCCUGAAAACCACAGUGUUUGAGAGAGGCCAAGUGGAGGAUGCCUUCCGAUAUAUGGCCCAGGGCAAACACAUCGGCAAGGUCCUGCUGCAGGUUCGCUCUGAGGAGAAGGGAACAACAUCCUCCAUGUCUCUCCGGGCUAUUUGUCGUACCUUCUGCCCCGCCUCCCACUCUUACAUCAUCACUGGGGGCCUGGGAGGCUUUGGUCUUGAACUUGCCAACUGGCUGACCGAGAGGGGAGCCCGCAAACUGGUGCUUACGUCCAGAUCAGGCAUCAGGAAUGGUUACCAGACGAAGCGUGUACGUGAGUGGCAGAGUCAGGGUGUGCAGGUUCUGGUGUCCACCAGUGAUGUCAGCACAAUGGAGGGGGCAGAGCGACUCAUCUGUGAGGCCAGCAGGCUGGGUCCUGUGGGCGGAGUCUUCCAGCUUGCCAUGGUAUUGAAAGACGGCAUGCUAGAAAACCUGACUCCUCAGCUCUUCAUCGAGGUCAACAAACCCAAAUAUGAUGGCACCAUACAUCUGGACAAAGUGACCAGGAAAUUAUGUCCAGACCUCAGCUACUUCGUGGCCUUCUCCUCCGUCAGCUGUGGCCGUGGUAAUGCAGGCCAGAGCAACUAUGGCUAUGCCAACUCCACCAUGGAGCGCAUUUGUGAGAAACGCCGACAUGAUGGCCUGCCCGGCCUGGCCAUCCAGUGGGGUGCGAUCGGCGAUGUGGGCGUGGUUCUGGAGACGAUGGGAGGUAAUGAUGCAGUGAUUGGUGGCACGCUGCCACAGCGCAUCGCCUCCUGCCUAGAGGUGCUGGACCGCUUCCUCUGCCAGCGGUGCCCUGUGAUGUCCAGCUUCGUGCUAGCAGAGAGAACUGUGGUGAAGAGCGAGGGUGGAGGACAGAGGGACCUGGUGGAAGCUGUAGCGCACAUCUUGGGGGUGAGAGACGUGAGCAGCUUGAAUGCUGACGCAUCCCUCGCUGACCUGGGUCUGGACUCCCUGAUGGGCGUGGAGGUGCGCCAGACACUUGAGCGUGACUAUGACAUUGUCAUGGCAAUGAGAGAGAUCCGACAGCUCACCAUCAAUAAGCUCCGAGAGCUGUCCAACAGCAAGCCAGGAGGCUCAGAAGAGUCUGGUCAGUCAUCACCGAAGAAGGGUGGGAUCCGCUCACUGCUGGAAUCUGAUCUGAACCUGCUACUGGUCAACCCUGACAGCCCCACGGUGAGACGGCUCAAUGAGGUACAGAGCCAAGAGAGGCCACUGUUCUUGGUCCACCCCAUAGAGGGCUCCAUUGCCGCAUUCAAGACUCUCACCUCUAAGCUCAGUGUGCCCUGCUACGGUCUGCAGUGUACCAAAGCUGCUCCCCUGGACAGCAUCCACUCCUUGGCAGCCUACUACGUGGAUUGUAUAAGGCAGGUGCAGCCAGAGGGGCCAUACCGGAUUGCUGGCUACUCCUUUGGAGCCUGCGUGGCAUUUGAGAUGUGUUCCCAGCUACAGACCAAGAAGUGGCCGGUGGAGUAUCUCUUCCUCUUUGAUGGAUCACAUUCCUAUGUUGCUGCCUACACACAGAGUUACAGGGCCAAGCUGACCCCAGGUAAAGAGUCUGAGGCUGAGACUGAAGCUCUUUGUGCCUUCAUCCAGCAGUUCACUGGGAUUGAGUACAACAAGCUGAUUGAGACCCUGCUGCCUCUCUCUGACUUGGAGGCUCGUGUCAAUGUGGCUGUGGACCUUAUCCUCUCUAGCCACAAGAACAUCAGCCGGGACUUCUUGCGCUUUGCCGCCACCACCUUCUACUACAAGCUGAAGGCCGCCGAUGGCUACCUCCCAGCAACCAAAUACCAUGGCAAUGUGACACUGCUGCGUGCCAAAACAAGCAGUGACUAUGGAGACAACCUGGGAGCCGACUACAAGCUCAGUGAGGUGUGUGAUGGCAAGGUGUCAGUCCACGUCAUCGAGGGAGACCAUCGCACCUUCCUAGAAGGAGAGGGAGUGGAGUCAAUCAGUAGCAUUAUCCACAGCUCAUUGGCCGAGCCACGUGUUACUGCCAGGGAGGGCUAGAAGUGUCCCACUCCCAAAUUUAAACAGAGCCUUGAAUCAGACUCAGCACGUCAGAAUGUGCAGAUAGGGAUUGGUUGUGUAAAAUGAGCACUGAUUUUUGUGUUUUCCAAUAUAGCUUUUACACAACAUAUUUCUAUCUGUUCUGUAUUGUUACAUCCCCUUACCUCCCAAAUGCACCUUAUUCAUUAAUGACCCACCUUCCCUGAACCCAUUUGUCAUAUCAUGCAAUCAACAGAUACACCCCAAACUAUCCAAGCACUUAGAUGGAUUUCACAUGAUAUGCUCCCAUGGAAACUGUGCUGUAUGCUUGUGCUCUACGAUUAUGAUGUUCUAAAUGACCUGUCAUUAUGUUACUGACGUUCUUUUUAUUCUGUUUCUCUUAUUUUUCUUAAUUGUGGUACAAUAUUAUUAUAGACAUUUAUCACAUAUACCUGCAACUGCGAAACAACUGGAAAUGAACCUGCUUCCCCAGUCUAGCAUGAGGUUCUAGCUUGGUUGCCAUGUCUGAUGAUUAGUGCCUAGACACAACCACUUGUAGCUGUUGUUAUUAUGAUACAACCCAACCCUGCUCGUCUGCUAAAGAGCUCUUGGUAACUGUGGACACUGAUGCAUCUUUACAUAUUCAUGCAGAGACCCAUGGCUUCUGCAUUUAAUGCUUUUGCAGGCCUGUGUAUGUGCAUCGACUGUCCUGUCCCAUGCCAAACCCCAAAGCAAGACUCUGAUGAUGCAGAUGUAUGGCUCCUCUCUAUCUCUCUCUGCCUCUCUCUGUGUGUCUCUCUCUCUCUCUCUCUCUCUCUCUCUCUCUCUCACUUGUAUAUAGCUACUGUACACUCACAUUUUACAGCUGUGUUAAUACACUUAACCUAUUAGCAGUGGGAAGUAUUGAUAUCCACUCGUAAUCGUCUUUGAAUUGGACUCCUUUCUUUAUUCUGGUGUCAUAAUUUGUUUACUAUUUCAUGAUGAGGUAUGAUCGCGUUAUCGCAUUAUCGUUUCUUGAAAACUUUUUUUUAUUUGUAUGGUAUUUUGUGACCUUGUCUGCUGAGGCAGACUCACAGAGUGAGUUGAGAAAAAAAUGAACUUUAUCUUAAAUGUGUCAUACUGAAUCGUAGAGGUUGAACUAAAAGUAGAAACCUGUCGAGUGUUUGGUUACUGAUAUGGCCAGAGUAAGACUUCAGCUUCUCUCUACAAAAUGAAAGUCUAUAUCUGGGAAUAUUGUUAUUAUGGCUAAUAUUGUUUUUCGCUGUGUGAGACUUUUUGCAUGACUGAUUGAAGAUCUACAGUUCAUGUUGUUUACCCAUAGAUGUCUUCUGGGCAGUGGUAAUGGCUCUUUAUGGAAACAAAAGAAUUGUUGACAUUGCUGUUGGAGAGAAAAAAAUGUAUGUAAUUGCAAAGGGUUUAGCUAUUUAACAAAUUAAUAUUGUCUUUUUCUUCAUCAAAGUAAAUAUUUUCCAACAUUCCUGAAAUAUUGAUAUGCUGUGAAACUAAUGAAUAUAGUUCAUAAUAUCUUUAAUAUGGCUGCCACCAACAUGCAAUGUUCCAUAAGCUUCAGCCUUGAGUAAUUUUGAUUUGAGUUGAACACGAUGGGAAGGUUACGGUAUUAUUAUUGUGCCACAUUUACAUUUUCCCCGCUGGACCUGAAAUGCAUAUCUCAGAAAAUUACUGCUGUUCUCUGCUACCAUGUAGAAUGUGAAUGAGUAGAAGGAGCCCCGUUUUGGUUGGACUUAAAUUGAUUUUUGAACUGGGUCUCCUGACUUAGUUGUAAAGAGAUGUAAUUUACAGCUCUCAAUCUUGUGUCAGUUCCCAUCCACCUGGUUGUAAAACUGCAUAGAUGUGACAGCGUUGCCAUUCUGCGACCUGAGGUCUGUGUCAGGAGGCAGCAAAUAACGAGUUGUUUUUGACCCCUGUGACCUUUCCUUACCCAUGAUGGUCACUUACAGCUGGGGGAGUUAGAACCCCAGAAUGCAACAGCUGACAGACUUGACUCCUGAGACUUCUGAUCAGGUCUAUGAAGGGUCAUGUGACUGUACACGUGCAUGAUGUUUGGUUACAGUGAUACGGAGGAGGAAGUGACCGUAUGCGCUCCUCUCUCAAACUGUAUUUUUUUCCCAGUAUUUAUUGUUACUAGUCCAAAAAUAAAAACCUAUC